AUGAAAGCCUAUCAAUUCUCAAGCCCGGCCAAGGGCCUCGAACACCGAGAGCUUCCCGUGCCGGUUCCCGGGGAGAGUCAACUCCUCGUUCAAAUCAAGGCAGCCGGACUCUGCCACACUGAUUGCAACAUCAUAUCCGGCCUGGACAACACCUUUUUCUGGAACCGACCGAUGACUCUUGGCCAUGAGAUCGCCGGCGUGGUCGUUGAGUGCGGCCCCGGCGUGUCCAAGUUCGCCAUCGGGGAUUGCGUUGUGGCAGUGAUCACGACCAAGCACCCAGCGGAGAUCGGAGACGUUGUCCAAAGCCCCGGCAUCGGGCGUGACGGCGGCUUCGCCGAGUUUGUGUUACUCAAUGAAUGGAAGACAUUGCCCAUGCCCGACGGAAUCACGUUUGCGCAGGCGGCGGUCGCCACCGACGCCGUCGCAACGGCGUACCACGCUGUCGUUACCGAAGGCCAGAUAUCAAAAUCGUCGAAGGUCGCAAUCAUCGGUCUGGGCGGCUUGGGUCUCUCGGCCGUCCAGAUCGCGUCCCACCUCGGCGCUAAGGUGUACGGGGUCGAUCUACACCGCCGCAAAUUCCCCGUAGCGCUGAAGUCCGGCGCCCACUGCUGCGGCAGGACGAUGGACGACUUCCCGGGAGUCAAGUUUGACGUGGUGUUCGAUUUUGCCGGUGUAGGCACGACGACUGCCGCAGCUGCCAAGGCUGUCAAAGCCGGCGGAAAGGUUGUCUUGGUUGGGCUGUCCAAGAAGGAGGCCGCUCUGGACACACACUCCUUCGUUGCCCUCGGCGUGCGACUCGUAGGCUGUGUCGGGUCUUCCACCGAGGAGGUCAAAGAAGCCAUGCAACUGGUCGCUGAUGGAAUCAUAAAACCUGACAUCGAAGAAAUCUCGUUUAGCAACCUACCAAACGAACUGAAACGUCUUGAGAGGGGCGAAUCUAUUGGACGGUUGUAUACUGAUCCGUCCAAGAGUGGAAUUAAGCUCGAAGGUCUAGUGGCAAUUUGA